UCAUCUCCCCAGGGACAAAACAGAACAACCAACCCCACCCCCCGUUCCAGAGCGCGAUCACACAACAGAGCGGUAGCAGUUCCCGGGCCGUUCCCGCCCCGGCCGGCGCCAUGGACUUCGUCUUCGUGGAGAAGCUCCUCGUGGGCCUCCUGGCGGCCGUGGUGGGCGCCAUCGUGGUGUCCAAGAUCCGGGGCCGCAAGCUGAGGCUGCCGCCGGGCCCCUUCCCGGUCCCCAUCUUCGGCAACUGGCUGCAGGUCGGCGACGACCUGAACCACCGCAACCUGGCGGCGAUGGCGCGCAAGUUCGGCGAGGUCUUCCUCCUCCGCAUGGGCCAGCGCAACCUGGUGGUGGUCUCCUCGCCGCCGCUGGCGCGCGAGGUGCUCCACACGCAGGGCGUGGAGUUCGGGUCCCGCACCCGCAACGUGGUGUUCGACAUCUUCACCGGCGAGGGCCAGGACAUGGUGUUCACCGUGUACGGCGACCACUGGCGAAAGAUGCGGCGCAUCAUGACGGUGCCCUUCUUCACCAACAAGGUGGUGCAGCAGUACCGGCCCGGGUGGGAGGCCGAGGCGGCCUUCGUGGUGGACAACGUCCGCGCCGACCCCAGGGCCGCCACCGACGGCGUCGUGCUCCGCCGCCACCUGCAGCUCAUGAUGUACAACAACAUGUACCGCAUCAUGUUCGACCGGCGGUUCGAGAGCAUGGACGACCCGCUGUUCCUCCGCCUCCGGGCGCUCAACGGCGAGCGCAGCCGCCUCGCGCAGAGCUUCGAGUACAACUACGGCGACUUCAUCCCCAUCCUCCGCCCCUUCCUCCGCGGCUACCUCCGGCUCUGCAAGGAGGUCAAGGAGACCCGCCUCAAGCUCUUCAAGGAUUACUUCCUGGACGAGAGGAAGAAGCUGGUGAGCACCAAGGCCAUGGACAACAACGGUGGGCUCAAGUGCGCCAUUGAUCACAUCCUGGAGGCUGAGCAGAAGGGGGAGAUCAACGAGGACAACGUCCUCUACAUCAUCGAGAACAUCAACGUCGCCGCGAUCGAGACGACGCUGUGGUCGAUCGAGUGGGGGCUGGCGGAGCUGGUGAACCACCCGGAGAUCCAGCAGAAGCUGCGGGACGAGAUGGACGCGGUGCUGGGCGUCGGGCACCAGAUCACGGAGCCGGACACGCACAGGCUCCCCUACCUGCAGGCGGUGAUCAAGGAGACGCUCCGGCUGCGCAUGGCCAUCCCGCUGCUGGUGCCCCACAUGAACCUCCACGACGCCAAGCUCGCCGGCUACAACAUCCCCGCCGAGAGCAAGAUCCUCGUCAACGCCUGGUUCCUCGCCAACAACCCCGAGCAGUGGAAGCGGCCCGACGAGUUCCGCCCCGAGAGGUUCCUCGAGGAGGAGAAGCACGUGGAGGCCAACGGCAACGACUUCAGGUACCUGCCCUUCGGCGUCGGCCGUCGGAGCUGCCCCGGCAUCAUCCUCGCGCUCCCCAUCCUCGGCAUCACCAUCGGCCGCCUCGUCCAGAACUUCGUGCUCUCGCCGCCGCCCGGCCAGGACAAGCUUGACACGACUGAGAAGGGCGGCCAGUUCAGCCUCCACAUCCUCAAGCACUCCACCAUCGUGGCCAAGCCCAGGGUGUUCUAGAGCAGCGCCGUGCCGGACGUACGUGCUCUGGAGUUUGGACUUCCAGCAUUUUGGUUUGGUGUUGUAGUACUUUCAUGAUUGUUCGCUCGUCCUAAGUAUACUUGAUUAUAGUAUCUGUCACAGAGUAGACACACGUUUCGUUAAUGUUAUCCGCAAGAAACAGAGGAGCUGAAGAAAGGCCAAACCUGAUGCUGCGAUAAAUUAAAGUUAAAUUCUUGAAA